AACAAAAAUGGCCCCCGGCGCCCUCGACCUCGACGCCCACGAACAGCCCUCGGACCAGAUGAAGGCCGAGUGGAAACACUUUGCCCGUCUCGACCAGGCCGCCCUACUCCGCGGCGAGAUCCCCCUCGACGACCCCCGCCGCCUGCCCCUCGAGGAGACGGAGUUUCGCCUGUCGGGCCACAUCCCGCGGGAGCAGAUCGCAGAGGCCUUUGCGCACCUGGGGCCCGAGUAUGUCGACGAGGGGAGGGAGGACGGGGAUGCGCCCAUCUUGUACCACCCUUUGCUUCCGGGCCUCCUCAUCAUCCCCUCGCUCAUCCCCCCAGCCGUCCAAACACACCUCCUCAACACCAUGAUCCACCGCGACCUCUCCAACCCAACCCACCAAACAAACCUCCACCUCCACUACAACCUCCCCUAUCCCUCCUCUUCCUCAUCAUCCCCCCCAGCAUCAUUCUUCUCCCUCCCCCCCACCUCCACCACCACCACGCCCCUCUUCACCCCCAAAGACCCCUCCGUCCACAACCCCCUCUCCAUCGCCCAAGUCCUCAACCGCCGCCUCCACUGGGUCACCCUCGGCGGCCAGUACGACUGGACCAACCGCGUCUACCCCGACGCCGCGCCCCCGCAGUUCCCGGCCGACCUCGCCGGCUUUCUAAAGGCGCUCUUCCCCGAGACGCUCGCCCAGGCCGCCAUUGUCAACUUUUACACGCCCGGGGACACCAUGAUGAUGCAUAGGGACGUCAGCGAGGAGGUCGACAGGGGGCUUGUGAGUCUGAGCUUUGGGUGCGAUUGCUUGUUCAUGAUUGCGCCUAAGGAGGAGAAGGAGGAGAAGAAGAAGAAGAAGAAGAAAUACCUCCUCCUGAGACUCCGCUCCGGAGACGCCAUCUACAUGACGCAAGAGUCCCGCUACGCAUGGCACGGCGUGCCAAAGGUCAUGAAGGGCACCUGUCCCGAGUAUCUCGCCGACUGGCCUGCGGGGAGAGAGGAUGGGCAGUAUGAGGAGUGGAAGGGGUGGAUGCAGAAUAAGAGGAUCAAUCUGAAUGUGCGACAGAUGAGAUGA